CCGAAAGAGGAGGCAGACACUGAGAGGUAGAGAAGACAAGAACAACGGACACGAUGAAGCUGCAAAGUGCCCUUCUGGUAAUCUGCCUUUUUAGGUCAAGCCUUGCUCUGCCGGUUCAGAUUGGAAUUAUUGCAAGCAACAGCAAUGAGCUCCUGAGACUGAAUGGAUUGACUCUUGCAGCUCUUGGACAAACACAGGGCUCAAUAUUACCCCAGUAUGUUCUGCAGCAGCAAACACCGGAUGUCUUGCUGACCUCACAGUUGUUGAAUUUGAACCCCCAACUGGCAGGACCUUUUGGUCCCCAAGGGCCACAGCUGCUGCUUCCUAACCAAGGCCAGCAGCUGACACCUAUGCUUCUCCCUAACGGGCAGCAAGAGCAGCUUGGACCAGCACAAGACCCCAACAAUCCCAACGGUCCUCAGCAAGCCCAGAACCCUGUCCAGAUGUAUCCACAGUUUCAGUAUCCAUCUUUUGGAUUCCCACAGAUUCACAGACAGCAGGGCUACUCUUACUUUGUACCCCGGUAUGGCUAUGCCCAGCAGAGGAACCCUGCGGUUCUGCCCAACAACGGACAGCAGAAACUGGAAAGAGCCACACAAAGACCACAACUCCCACUGCAGCAGGGCUCUAAGCUACAGACAGAAAAGACAUUGCCAGCAGGGGCUAAGAAAGAGUCCACCACUGUUCCCCCUGAUCCCCGUGGUGAUGCAACUGGUCCUGGGACUGAUGAGGGUAAUGGCAGCUUCCCCUUCCUGUUUGAGCCAUAGAUGCUAGAAGGAUAGAAGAAACAUCACUGCUGAGGGAAAAGGCCUGGGGGAAUAUUUGCCACAACUUAACUGAAACUUAUUCUUUGCUUUGACUACAUUUUAAAUAAAUAAAUACUUUUGUCAAAUGAAA